AUGCCCGUAUCGAAGAGGUCGUCGUCACUGCGUCACACCAUACCGUGCUCUGUUCUUUUUUUCGCUGCACACCCCAUGCCGGUGCCGUCUAAUGCAUGUCUUGGCAACAGACUGGCAACCGUUGGGCGGCAGCAUCGAUCCCGUGCGUCGCGCCACACCAAGCAGGCCCCCUCCGUUGCCAUCGUCGGCAACGGCAUCCCACGGCCGUCGCCUGCGAGCGUCAACGCAGGUGUUGUGGAGAAGGCCAACGAGCCGUUUGCCGAGUACGCGCUGCCGUCCAUCUCGCCGGCGUCACGUGCGCACGCCGAGUCCUUCAGCUCUACGUCCACGUCGUCGUCUGCCUUUUGUCCCUACUUCGCAGUGCUGUCUAACGGCAGCACGACAAUGUCGAAGGCACUGCAUCGUCCCCCCACCACCGUCACCGCGCUGCCUGGCAUGGCGCCGCCACCACCAAGCAUCUCCGCAUCAGUGCCAAGGAACGGUCAUGACGCUGCCCGGCGCACGUCCGCACCAUUGCGAGUGCAUCCGGCGCAUCGUAGCAGGUCGCAGCCGGAGCUGACCUACUCACCGACAGCCUACAGCUCUACCGUAGCUGCCUCCAUGCCGCACGAGAUUCCGCCUACAUCAGCCCUGGUGCUGCCGUACUGCACUGAUGCCCAACUACGGCACCUCUUCGCAACGCUCUUCGUGCGCGCCGGAGACGCGAUGUGGUCGGUGCACGAACACAUUCUGCCCUUCCUGACGGCCCACCAGCACUGCAUCAUGCCCGCUGCGCCGUCGCAGGUGGCCGCGUUCUUUGGGUUCACCGACCACAGUGACGGAGACGCGCAUGCAAAGGCGGGCACUGGCGCGGCCAGUGACCCCCAAGGCGCGCAAGCCUUCUUCGGUGGAGCGUGGACGACUAAAGAGAUUAGCCGCUUCGCUUCGCAGAUGGGCUACUGGUUCAUGUACGUCGGCAUCCUUGGGUGCGGCGAAGAAAUGCGCUGGGACACCUUACUGAUGCCACCCGGAAGCAUCCCAGGUCCAUCUCGUCGGUCGUCUGUGCGAAAUGCCUGCAAUGCUGGCAGCACCUCACCGCCACAAGCACUCGUGACACGGAGCAGUAGCCCCUCUGUCCACCCAGCUACUCCCGAGAAGCAGUGCCUCUCCCCCACACCACAUCGAUCGCCACAUAACUCCUCAUGCGUGUCCUCAUCGGCGCCGGGUGUCGUCGCCCUCACGGAAGGGCCGAAGCAACACCAGCCCUCGUGCAUGGUGGACGACGGGGGCGAUGGCGAUGACGAAGGCAGCCCAAAGAGCACCGUGCUGUAUCACACCGAUCAGCUGGAACGCUCGACCUUGGACGUUGUCACCACCUCGACGCUCACAUCCGUGGAGUUUCGUGCCGUUGUCGAAGCGCCACCGCUGGUGCAAGAGGUCGCGUUCGUGCGCGGCUACAAGGUCCUACAAACUCUACUGGCAAACCGCGAGGAGCAGCUUGCACAUGUGAAAAAUGGUCCCAUGGCAGCCGCGUUGCGUGCACUGUGCACUGCUGCUUGGAUUGGCAACGGCGCGAACGACAACCUUGGGCACAGUGCAGACUGCCUUGCCGAGACGCUCCCGCCUGAUAUUCAUGCGGUGCACCGUCGUGUGUGCUUCUACCUCCGCCUGCACGCGUUUGUGCGUGAGCUCUGCGCAUGCCUGCGCGCGGACGAAAGGCGGCCGUGGCAGCGGGAGUCGUACAUCGUGGAAUCCAUUGUCUCCUCGCGCCUGCGCGACACGGCGAGCUUUGUCAGCUGCGACGCGCCCCUGGCCAGGACCGCGAAGAUGACCGCCAUUUCGGAGACAAGCAUCAGUGCUGGUGACAGGUGGCGGCGGCUUCGUGACACACUUUCGCAAGGGGUGCUGUACGCAGCACUCCAUGCCGCGCCCACCCCCGCUUCCGUCAACUCCCUUACAACACUACUCCUUCUGCGACAUGCCGGCGCCACACAGGUGGUGAUGCGCGCCACUGAAGGACUACCGCGUUCAUCGGAUGCAGUGGCGGCCUCGUCCUUCUCUUCUGCCAUCUCCUCCGGUGUUUCUACAUGGGAAAGCAGCACAAGCUCACGCUUGCCGGUCCCGCUACUUCUUUUGUUUCCGCUGCCGCGCUGGAGCUCCGUCACGCAGCCGGGCAUAGCAUCGCGGAAAGACUCGACGACGUUCGAUCUGGCUGCCUCGCGCGCACUUGGUUUCGCGCUCGCUUUGGUGGUGCUAAGCAGCUGCCUCUUCAUCUCUGGCGCUCAAGUUGUCUGGACGUGGUGCUGGACAGUCUUUCUGGAGCACAGUGCCGGCGACGACACUGCACAUCACCCCCACCUGGUCCGUCGCACCUGGAUGCACAACCUAGUGGAGCACUGCUGGACUGUGCUGCUGCUCGUCUGCACUGCACGAGUGGCCCACCAUGCUGGAGAAGUGGUCGCGUCGAUCGAGGUGACGCACACCAUAGUGACGGCCCAGAGUGCGGCGCUCGCGAACGAGUCGCACGGAUGGCUGCAGAAGGCGUGGGCCUUGCAAUCCGGCAGCGCCGUCGCAGCGCAGGCGGUGCAGCGCAGCAUACAGCGUCUUCGACUGGUAGGCAACGCAGUCGACGGCAUGGAGACGACCCCGGUCGGUGGGCGGCGCGCGCUCACGCGCGGCGUGGCGUCGCGGUAUUGGCGCGGAGUCUUCAUCCUUGCUUUGAUUAUGUGCACAGUGAAGGCGUCACUGCAUCCCAGCCGGUUGGUAGAGCUCGCCGCUGUCGUGAUGGUUGCGUGUGGGGCGAAUGUGGUACAUGUCUGUGAAACCCGCCAGCAGCGACGGCGCGCCCUGGCAUGGUGGCUCCACUGUCAAGCGACCAUCGCGGAGAGCUUUGCGGACGAUCUGCUGCGUAAAGCGGGCAACCGGUGUAGCGAAGCAGUGUCAAAUGGGGCAGACGCUGAAGAGCAAGGUGGAUCCGUUGCGCAGCCGCUUCUGCCAACCAAUCGCGCUGCUGUCCACACGCUCUGCACGAUACCGCUGCACAUGUUGGAAGAGCUGGCAAAUGUCGCUUGCCUGGUGGUGUGGAGUGAAGGACUCUCGUUGGCAACACAUUACGGAUCCGAUACUACCGGUCCUGUGAACCUCUCGGCGCUGCCAAUCCAGUGGUUCUGGGAGCAGUUGUGCGGCCGCGCCGCUCCGACGUACGCGAACGGUGCGUCCUCUGCGGCUGUCGUGGAAGCUACGAUGCGGGCAUGCCGACGCUCACUCGAAGACAAGCAGAGGGAGCGCGGUGGUGCUCCUUUGGUCAUAGCGGAGGCAGUGGCCCACGUGUUACCCUGGACACUGGACUACAAGGCGGCACCGCCACCGCCGACCGGCGCACUAGAGGGGUGUCACGACUACGAGGUAGGCGAGGUGCUUGCACCUUUUGCCGCUGCGGCGGCCGGUAACGCCAGCGGUGUCGUCCUUGCGACACCCCAUGGAGACUCUUCUCCUGUGCACCCUCUCGAUGUGGAACUGCGACGGCUGCCGCACCUUUCGCCGCUUCAGGGCCGCCUCGUCGUGUGCGCCGCCUUCGUGUUUGCCUCUCUGAGAGCGGCUCCACGCGCGCUGGGUAAGACGCCUCGCCGCUGUCCAGCCCCUUUCUCCGCCUGCACCGGAGAGUCGACACCCGCGCUUCUGACGCACCUCGUCCACACUCAAAUGUGCGUAGAGCCGUCCCUGUGGUGCAGAAAUGACUCAGAGGGCACCUCGACGGUGCAGUGGCGGCGGGCGGCAAAGCGCACGCGAGCUGCCUUGCAGCUCCUCCAGCAAUUCACGCUGUCGGCUCAGCAGUGCGGCGUUCAAGACGCUCCUGCAGGCCGCGCGUACACACCGGUGCUGCCCUCGCUCCUUCACGAACUCUUCCGCUAA